AUGAGUGAUACCGAGAAGAAAGAAACUACAACGAGAACAGAAGAUCUCAACGUGGACAAUCUAGCACUUCAUAACACUACCAGCAGAAAUAGUAAUACUCCGAAUCCAGUGAGUAACAUACCACCUUUGGACACCAAUUCUGAAAUCAAGGAACAUAAGAAAGAAAGUUCACCUAUCAGGAGACUCAAGGAAGACGACGAAGAGAGUGCCCUAACCAAUAUAGACUACACUAAUCAAGAAGUUAGUGAAGAAUUGGGCCGUAAUUUGAAUUUAUCGGAUUAUUGUAUAUCUAGCGACGCAGAUACUGAGAAGAUGGAUAGUGAUACUAACGAAAAUGGUGUAUCUAAUGGGGGAGUUCCUCCAAGAUUAGCAGCGUUGAUUCCAGAUGAACCAGAAACAAUAGUGAAACCUCUAAGUGAAGAUAUUGUCGAAGAGGACACUAUCGGCAACAACAAGAGAUCAUUAGAAGAAACUGAACCUGAGGAAGAGAACAAGAAAUUGAAAAUAGAUCCUUCGCAAGAUACCAUUUCACCUAACAUCGAAGAAGAAGAUCACAUUGAAGUUGGUAAUGAAGGUGAUGAAGAAGAGGAUGCCCUUGAUGAUGCCCUUGAAGAUGAAGAAGAGGACGAAGUUGAUGAUACUAGAACUACACCUGCUGUACCUGAUAAAACUCCAUCGGUGGAUGAAGUAAAUAAGGAAACUUUAUUAACCGAUAUUGUCCCUGUUCAAAAUAAUGAUAAAAACAUGGGUUUAAAUGAAACUGAGAUUGAGGUUGAGACAACUAAAGAAAUUAACUCAGAGACUAAGACUCCAACUGUUGAAGAAACUGUGCUGGAACCUGAAAACGCUGAAACACCUUCCAUUGCAACUACAAUUGCCACUGUUAAAACCGCACCUGUGGAUAUUGUUGAAAAUACCACAGAUGUAAAGGAAGAGAAAGAGGAUGAAGAACCUGAAGAAGAAGAGCAAGAUGUUGAAGAUGAGGAUGAAGUUGAAGAUGAAAUGGAAGAGGAAGAAGAAAAUACAGGUGAUAGUGAACAAACGAGACAAGAGGCAUUAACGGAUAUAACAGCAAUUGAGUAUCAAUUUGCAGAAUUAAGACAAAAGUUAUAUGAGACUAAAUUAUACAAGUUAGAAUUAGAAUUGCAAAUGUGUCUGGAAGGUUCACAUCCAGAAUUACGAGGUUAUUAUGAAAAGAUUGCUAGCAUUAGAGAUUAUAAAUUACGCCGUGCGUAUCAAAGACAACGAUAUGAAUUGAAAUGUAUCGAUACAGAAACCCGUGCGACAAGAACGUUUAUUCAUCAAGGUUAUCAUAAGAGAAUGUGUGAUACAAAGAAUAAAUUGUUAGAUAAUACUACACAAAGAUGGUACGAUAUUAACAAAGAGAGACGUGAUAUGGACAUCGUGGUUCCUGAAGUGCAUUACCAUGUCCCAAUAAAGACCGCCGAUAAGACGUUAAGUUGUAUCACGGGAUAUGCGGGACCAGCUAGAUUAUUAUUACCGGGAGAACCUAUCAGUGAGGACUUACAAUGUGAAAAUAUCGAAUUUAGAUAUAGGAAUAAUCCUGUAGAUAAAUUAGAAGUGAUAGUGGAUCGGAUGAGAUUGAAUAAUGAAUUAAGUGAUUUAGAAGGUCUUAAGAAAUAUUAUUAUGGGUUUCCUGGUGCACCUUCCCUCAAUAGUCUCAGAGAUUCUGAAAUCAAUGACGAUUUCGAGGUGUUACACCAACAAUUACAACGGCUCCAACAUCCACAGACGUUACAAUCGCCUCCUCAGUAA